UGAUUAAUAUUCAUGAGCCGAUCUCGUGCUGCAGCGUGAUUGGUGCUCAUUACCGGCGACUGCAGUUUCACCAUGGGUUUGAUUCAGAGCGUGUUUACUGCAGAGAGCGGCUAUCACGUGCACGGGAUUCAGGAGAAUUCACCAGCUCAGAGAGCCGGACUGGAGCCUUUCUUUGACUUCAUUCUGUCUGUAGGACACGCACGGCUGAAUAAAGACAACAGUAUGCUGAAAGAUCUUCUGAAGGCCAACAUCGAGAAGCCUGUGAAGAUGGAGGUGUACAGCAGUAAAGUGAUGAAGAUCAGAGAGCUGGAGGUCAUCCCCAGUAACAUGUGGGGUGGUCAGGGAUUACUGGGCGCCAGCGUCCGAUUCUGCACCUUUCAUGGGGCCAAUCACAACGUCUGGCAUGUGUUGGAAGUGGAACCCAAUUCACCGGCCGCUUUGGCUGGACUGAAGCAGUAUUCAGAUUACAUCGUUGGUGCGGAUCAGGUGCUACAGGCAUCGGAGGAUUUCUUCAUGCUGAUCGAAGCGUCAGAGGGGAAAGCAUUGAAACUUCUGGUGUAUAACACAGAGAGAGACGACUGCAGGGAGGUUCACAUCACUCCUAAUGGAGCGUGGGGAGGAGAGGGAAGUCUUGGUUGUGGCAUUGGGUUCGGCUACCUGCACCGCAUCCCCACACGAUCGCUUGCAUCCAAACAACAGCACGACACCCAUCCAGCAUCAGAAACCCUGGAGGAAAGGCCCAGUUCUGAAACAUUUUUAGAGGAUUUCUCUGAUGCGUCGGGCUUUGAUUUGACAGCAGACGCUUCUGGGCAUAAGACCGACUUUCAAGUUUCAACACCAUUAGAGAAACACUGUGAGAAAGCUUGCGUAAAGGAUGAUGAUGAUGGAGAAGUCUACAGUGGUGAGGAUGUUUCUGUCAUCAUCAGCCUCUCUGAAAACAGCACGGUCACACCAGACGUCCAGAAGAAUGACUCUGGGAUCCACAGUGUUGAAGAAGGAACAAUGGCCUUAAAUACGGAUGCAAAAUGCGAUGAGAUGAAAACAUUUCCACAGUGACGUCAAGCCACGCACACAUCAUCACACCUUCUGCUUCAUAUAAAUAAUGAUUAAGAUUAUAUAUUACUUAAUCAAGCAACUUCAUUGAAACCAUUUACUUGUAUUUGCACAGUUAAAAUUGAAGAUUAUACAGAAGUCAACGGAGAAUUCAUUCAGUUAGACGAAGUGUGACUGUUGUACACAAUCCUGCUUUAUAGAUUGUUGUUUUUGUUGCUUGAAAUUCUAAACUUCAUGUAAAAUAUGCAGUUUCUCUGGGCAUAAAGACCAAAAAAAUGAAUGAUGGAGGAAGUUGCAUCAACACGUCACCCUUAUGUACAUGUCACGAAUCUUAAAAAUAAGCUUAAUUUCUUCAAGCAAAGUAUAAUGUGUAAAGGUUCAAUGAGAUUUCACAGCCAUCUGUAGAUCACACCUGUGAAAUCUGAAGAUUAUAUCAGUGAUCUCUCUGGACAGACUCUUUAAAGACUUUUGCUAAAACAACUCAAUGAAUUAUUUCAUAAAUAUAAUGUCAGAGAUAACAUAAAAUCUUACAUGUACAGUAUACACACACACACAAGUGCGAAUUUAAAGCCAUACUGCUCAAGUGCUGUUUUUGUGUCAUGUUUAUAUUUGACACACAAGUAUUAUUGAAUCAUAACUCCACAUUUUCAUUCCAGUAAGAGAGAAUUCUCGUCGUGUGAAUCACCCGUGAUCACAUCACACCAGUCAGAAACACUCAACACUUACCUGUGACAUGUUGACAUAUGCAAACGCAGACACUGGUUUCAGCUUCUGAAAAUGUUCAAUAUACAGAAGUUAAACACAGAGAACAGUCACAGCUGACAUGCGGCAUUAACUUCAUUUAGUGUUAUACCAAAAAUAUAAUAAAUACUUGCACAGUAUAUGUCUACUGUUUUAUACCAAUGCACUUUAAAUAAUGACAUCAUCAAUGUAAGCAUCAUUUCAGUUGUCAGAGAGUCGCAGAACAUUCCUGGGAUCAUAUAAUACACUGUUCAAUAAAUGUGAGCUAUGAAUAACUGCGUCAAAGCUUUUGUUUGUUCAAAUACACAACCAUUAACCUUUUAAUGGCAUUUCAAUUUAAAAGCUAUAAUGAAAGUAUAAAUUA